CAACACUCUGACAUGACAUAAAGGCGAGCGCUGAACCAUAGGUUCGCCACUCAGACCCACACCUCGUUCCCUGAGCCUUGGCUAGGUGAGCUGCUCCCUGGCGCCAACGCGAUUCACUCAUGAACCCUUCCCACCUGCAGAAUCAUUUUCUGAAAAUAGGGGAGAAGAACUGCUGUGUGUUCCGCGAUGACUUCAUUGCCAAAGUGCUGCCGCCGGUCGUGGGGCUGGAGUUCGUGUUCGGGCUCCUGGGCAAUGGCCUUGCCCUGUGGAUUUUCUGCUUCCACCUCAAGUCCUGGAAAGCCAGCCGGGUUUUCCUGUUCAACUUGGCCGUGGCUGACUUUCUCCUGAUCAUCUGCCUGCCAUUCCUGGCGGACAACUACGUGCGGAGGUGGGACUGGAAGUUUGGGGAGAUCCCUUGCCGGCUCAUGCUCUUCAUGUUGGCCAUGAACCGCCAGGGCAGCAUCAUUUUCCUCACCGUGGUGGCCGUGGAUAGGUACUUCCGGGUGGUCCAUCCCCACCACGCCCUGAACAAGAUCUCCAAUCGGACGGCGGGCAUCAUCUCCUGCUUCUUGUGGGGCAUCACCAUCGGCCUGACGGUCCACCUCCUGAACAGAACGAGGUUGAUCGAGAAUCAGGGUUCGAAACUGUGCAGCAGUUUCAGCAUCUGUGAUGCCUUCCGCUGGCACGAUGCCAUGUUCCUCCUGGAGUUCUUCGUGCCCCUGGGCAUCAUCCUGUUCUGCUCGGUCAGAAUCAUCUGGAGCCUGCGGCAGCGGCAAAUGAACAGACAUGCCAAGAUCAAGCGGGCUAUCAACUUCAUCAUGGUGGUGGCCAUUGUCUUCAUCAUCUGCUUCCUGCCCAGCGUGGCCGUGCGCAUACAUAUUUUCUGGCUUCUGCGCAAGGCUGGCACGGAAAACUGUGACAUCUAUCGUUCAGUGGACCUGGCGUUUUACAUCACCCUCAGCUUCACCUACAUGAACAGCAUGCUGGACCCUUUGGUGUACUACUUCUCCAGCCCAUCUUUCCCCAACUUCUUCUCCACCUUGAUCAACCGCUGCCUGCAGAGGAAAGGGCCAGAUGAGUCGGAUAACAACCGCAGCACCAGCGUCGAGCUCACAGGGGAUCUGAGCACUACCAAGAAUGUUCCCGAGGCUUUGAUGGCCAAUCCCAGCGAGCCUCAGAGCCCCUCUUAUCUGAAUCCAGUCUCCAGUUAAAAAAGUCAAGCCAAGAAGGGAGAUGAUCAUCAAGGACCAGGAUCUCUGGAGAAGCAGUUUGGCUGGUGCACGGAGUAACAGAGCCUUGGUCUGUGGUUUCCCAGAACUUCCAGAUUCAGAGAAGCAGAUUUAGGGCAUUGGUGUGGCAGCGUGGGCUGCUUGCCUAUAGAGUGUCUCCACAGGAAGCUUGGGGAAUGGAGGGUGAAGCUCCAGGUGUCGAGACUUCUGUUCCAUCUUGGACACUUGCAGAACUGAAGAUGGCAAAACUGUCCACAUUUCUGCUGCUGGAGUGUUGAAGCCACAGAGAGGCCCACUGGCACCUGGUGCUCAACUGGCCUCUUCCUGUCACCUGCCUAAGACUUGUUUGGUUCUCAGCUCCUGGGGCAAUGUCUAGCUUCUUGUGGGCUCCCACUGGGAUAAGGAAAGCUGUGACUGGAGGGGAAUUAUUGCAUCUGAAGGGAGCCCAGACAUCAUGAAACAAGCCAGGAGGUCAUCUGGGUUCGGUGGAGCCGAUCCUUCUUUCAGCCAUGAUUUGGCAGAAACGGACCAGAGACAUUCAUGAACUUCGGUUAGUAUCUGAGUUUCCAGUGGUGGUAAGAAGGGGCUUCACCCCAGGAGGGAUUGAGCAGAACAGUGUUACUAAGCAAAAGGAAAUGGCAUUUAUGUUACAACCUGCAGCCAAUCCAUUCCUCUUCUGUUUACACUAAUUUGAAGGUUGAGCAGUUAAAAAGGCUCCAGGGAGAAAGCAGCUUCCCUCCUCUGUUUGCUUUUAUCACUCAAAGGGAAAUGCUGCCCUAUGGUUAGAGGGAGGAAAGAUUUCCUCCUGGUUCAUUUGCUUGUGUUUCUGUUCUUAUAAGAAAUCUACCGCUUCAAUAAACUUUGACAUGAGA